UAUUUCUCUUCACGAGUAUGAUCAAUUAGCCUAUAAAAGGGGUCGAUCGCACCGCGCGAUUUGAGCAGCAGAUCGUGCGAGACUGCGAGUCUCUCAAAUUAAAACAAGGAAAAUGAAAGCGCCAAGUCGCGGGCGCGUUCAAUAAAAGUUACAGACCGAAGAUUCAUCGGCUGUUUCCAUACCCCAACCUGAAGAUUUCGAUGAGAAGUGUUUUUCGGUGCAGUUAUAUCUAUAAAUUGGGGGACGGUGCUCGAUUUCCAAUCAUCCCAAGCCCGGUGGUAGUAGAAGCAUAGCUUUCUAAGGCUGCGUUUCAUGCGUGUGAAGAUCGUGGUUUUUUAAAGGUAGAUAAGAAGAACCAGUCGGAGCUAUAUACAAUGGAUCAGUGCACCAGGAAUGCAUUCGCUGAAGAAAGAUCGACUGUGAACAAGGCUCAGAAAAGGAAAAGAACUGGCAAAAUACAAGCAAACAUGAGAAGAUUAAAAGCAAAGAUGGCAGAGAUUGGUGAACAACAAAAACGUAUUAAAAAGGGGCAAACGGAAAUCAGAGAGAAGUUUGAAGAGAUUGAACUUGAAUGCGAUCAACUGAGAAAAGAAACGUUGCUUAUAUCACAACAGGCUGCGUGCAAUCAACAACGCCUGGAUCUAAUGCUCAUGGUCGUGAAAGCUCGAGAGGACGAUAAUUUGCCUGAAGCUGACAGACUUAUUCAACGUCUUCGGGAGAAGGCAUGAUGAAGCAAACAUGGAAAAAGUUAUGAAUAUGUUCAGAUGCAAGGGAUGAAUCAAUGAGAAGAA